UCAUGAUGAAACACGUCCUCUUAGGGUUGUUGGCUGCCCAGACAGCGCUGAGCACCAGAUUUGUCAUGUAUAUCGACCAGUAUGUCAAACCCCCUAUAAAUGCCAACGCAGCCACUAACUGACGAGUGCAGAUACCAUACAAAAGACCUCCCCGGCAAAAACCUCACAGAUGGAAUAACCCACGCCGUAAUGGGUUUCGCCAAAAGCGAUCUCUUUACCUCCCAAUCAAACCCCCACUACGAACCCUUCGAACCAGUUACCACAAUGCGAGACCGCUUCAGCCCAGAUACCAAAGUGCUCUUCGCAAUCGGCGGCUGGGGCGACACAGAAGGUUUCGCGGCCGGUGCAAAGGACGACACAAGUCGGCAACGGUACGCGAAAAAUGUCGCUGCCGUUGUUAAAGAGAACGGGUUCGAUGGUGUUGAUAUCGAUUGGGAGUAUCCUGGUGGUAACGGGGAAAAUUACAAGGAUAUCCCGAAUGAGAAGAAGACGGGGGAAAUUGAUGCGUUUCCGAAGCUGUUGGAGGCGAUAAAGAAGGAACUGCCUGAGGGGAAGAUUCUUUCGAUUGCGACGCCGGGGAAGAAGGGUGAUAUGAUUGCCUACACGAAUGAGAAUGGGCCUAAAAUUGCGGAAGCGGUUGAUAUGGUUAAUGUCAUGUCUUACGAUCUGGCUAACCGCCGGAAUAACGUGACCAAGCACCAUAGCAGCGUUGAGGACUCGCGCGAGACUAUCAAGGCAUUCAAGGGUAUUGGGCUGCCGGCUGACAAGCUUAACCUGGGUUUUGCGUACUAUGCGAAGUGGUUCACGACUGCUAAGAAUGCGGAUUGCAAGGCUCAUCCACUUGGUUGCGAGAUGGAUGAACUUGAGACACCCGAUGGCAAAGACACAGGCAAGUCGGGUGUGCUGACCUUUGAGAAGGGCACGAUGGCCACGCCCAACAAGGACGACCUGAAGGAAUCGACGGAUGGAUCAUGCGGAUACGGGACCAUGACAACCUGUCCCAAGGGACAAUGUUGUAGCCAAUACGGCACCUGCGGCACAACUGAUGCCCACUGCAAAGCAGGCUGUCUCUCCGACUACGGCACCUGCAAGGGCCUCUCGAUCAUCGACUCAUGGCGCCGCGCCGACAAGAACGGACAGCUAGAUGAGAAGGCCGGCGGGCAGUACUACUUUGAUGACGAGGUGAACCUUUUCUGGACCUGGGACACGCCCGAUAUGAUCAAGCGUAAGUUCAAGGACGUUGUGGAUGAGGAGAAGAUCGGAGGCGUCAUGGCGUGGAGUUUGGGUGAGGACACGCUGGAUUUUGCGCAUGUUAAGGCGAUGCAGGAGGGUGUAAAGGAGCGGAAUGCGUGAUUGACUCGCUUGGCUGGCUGGCUGAACUGAUGGCUGGGCUGGGUCUUUAUCUUGUCUUGUUUAGCUAUGGUAUUUAUCAUGCCUUAUUUUGGCUCUGUGGUGUUGUUGAAUCGAGGGCGAUAUUCCGUACAAUAGCCGAUGAGUUAAUUAUUCCGUUAAAGCACACCGGCCAUGUCAGC